AAAAGCAUCAGAAAAUUGUAAUUGAAUCCGCAAAAAAGAAUGCAGUGAUAGUGUGUGUUGAAAAAUUUCAAUGGAGCAUUUGAAAGCGCAUGGAUUGUCUAAAUGUUUAAGGGGAGACAGCACAGGUUGGAACGAAGAAAAAGAUUAUGUCGAAGAAUUGUUAUGUUUUUCUCAAGAAGUGAUUCGUUAUGCUGCGCAACUACCUUCAGGUGUCGACUAUCAUAUUUGUGAAAAUAUUCCAUCGUUUCAAGAAAAAUCGAAACAAUGUGAAAUGGAAAUAACCAACGCUUUACAAGCGUGUGCAUAUUUGUACUUGUUAGAUGAGGGAUCUUUUACAGCGCAACAAAAAGCACCGAAUCCUUCCACUUUGACUUGUCAUGAUUUUUCUGAUGUUUUAGAACUCCAAUUGUCUAAAGUUGGGCGUGCUCUACGUAGCUGUGAAGAGAAAGGAUUUGAUAUACCUUUAGUGCCGCCUAGGCUACCUUAUUCUAAAGAAAGUGGAUUAGCGAAAGAAGAGUCAGGCGAUCAAUCAGGAUUCCUUAAUAGUACAAUUACAUCAGAAAAAGAAGCCACACACGUGAAUGUUGAAAAGUUAAGCAAGCUAUUAAAGGUAAAUAAGGUGGACAAGGAAUUAUGGCAAAAUGCUUUUGGUUGUCCUUUGAAUAAAAUUGAGUUUUGUGAAUGCUUUAUACAAACGAAGUUUCAUAAGAAAACUCUUUUACCAGAGGUUUUCAACAAUGCAACAAAUCCUCUCGAUUUAUAUUUGUUACCUCAUUUAUAUGAAGAAGAAAUUCAUUCUUUAGACUGGGAAUGUGAAACAACACCGGAAGGUCAGCUGAAUCUUUUGGUUAAAAGGUCGCCUAGGAAGUUUUCACCAUUCUUGACAGAAGAUUUUAUUUAUGUUGACACGGAAAAAUCGUUAAAAAAAAUGAUUCAUCAUUUAAAAAGUCAAACAGUUUUUAGUCUCGAUACAGAACAUCAUGAUCGCCAUUCGUAUUCUGGUAUCACUUGUCUUCUGCAAAUCAGUACAGAGUUCCAUGAUUAUAUUGUUGAUCCUUUACAUUUAAGAAAACAUUUAUGGUUAUUAAAUAAAGUCACAACAGAUCCUGCCAUUCUUAAAAUAUUACAUGGAGCCGAUUGUGAUAUUCUAUGGCUUCAAGAAGAUUUUUCUAUUUAUAUUGUCAAUAUGUUUGAUACGUGUAUUGCAUCCCAAGUGUUAGCUAUACAAGGAGGCAAUUCUUUGGAAAAUUUACUUUAUUAUUUUUGUCGCGUUCGAACCGAUAAAAAAUAUCAAUUAGAAGAUUGGAGAAAACGCCCGUUAACAGAAAAAAUGAUUGACUACGCGCGUAAAGAUACGCAUUAUUUACUUUAUAUAGCCGACUCUUUGAUAAAUGCUUUAGUAGAUCGAACCGAAAAGGAAGAAACUAAUAAAGUUUUACAAGUUUUACAAAAAAGUCGUUUGUUAACUUUAAAAAAAGCUACGCAAUCUUGUAAAAAGAAUCGCAGUCUUGAAACUUUACGAAAGGAUCUGCCUUAUGAUCCCUUGUCCGACUUGUUACUGAUGCAUCUUGUCGAGUGGAGAGACGCAGUAGCUUGUAGUUUAGAUGAAUCACCUUGUACUCUGUUAUCAAAUGCUUUACUCAAACGUUUAGCUACCAACAGACCGGUAUCGUGGGAAAUGUUUCAAAGGUGUGUGUAUCCUCUUAAACCAGUUUUAAUGCAAUUGUCGGAAAAUAUCAUCGCCAUUAUUCAGAGAACAGUAAAUGCGUUUCAGGCGAGUGAACAGACUGACUCGGUGCUAAAUGAAAAGCUGAGCACAAAAAAACACUAUAAUGUUUUACUAGAGCCAUCUAACGAGUCGCGUUUCGCACCUGAUGUUGUUCCACCGACUAAUUUAGCACAACAUUUUGUUAUGAGUCCCGAAAAAUCAAAGGACGACACAGAAUCAACAUUCAAAAUUAUGGAUUCAACACAUUUUGUGUUUUAUGAAAUUCCAAAAUUUCAGGUUCAUGCAUCCAUUCAAUCUACAAAAGAAACUCUAGAAUGUCUUAGUCAUCCUUUAGCAGGAAUCGAAGAACUGUAUAAUUUAAAGGAAUGGAAUUGUGGUGAUCGUAAGCAUUCUCUUUUUGCGAAAGCUGUAGGGCAGCGUGUAGUUGUUAAUUGUUUAAAGUCAACAACCCGUCUGGCGGGCACUUUAACACAAAAGGGUUCAACUGCAGAAGAAAUGGUCCAGCAAACUCUUCUUCAACAAAUCCCUUCCAAAAUCAUUAAGCCAAAAGAGCUUGACGCGGAAAUGAGCAUUCUAAAGUGUGCUUCUAGAAAAAAUGAGCAAGGAAAAAAACAAAAGUUUCAAAAUAUAAUUCUUAGUGCCGCCGACAUGAUGAAAAAUGUCACACCCGCGACGUCGCUUUCUUCCAAUGAAUGUAGAAAAAGUACACGGCACACAACCAAUACAAAACAAGCACGCGAUGAGAAGAAAGAGUCAUGCCAACAGAGCAGUGAACAAGUGGGCACCCGUGGAAUACAACCCUUAACAAACUCGUUAAAAAAAAGAAAGCGUCUACGAAAAGCGUCUUCGAUAGUUAAUGCUGUAAUUCCGACAUGUGCUGUUGACGCAUCAUAUCUUAAAAUUCCGUCCUUACCUAGAACUCAUCGAUUUUUUGAAUCCGGUGGAGCCAUGUCCGAAAAAUACAAAGGUCCUAAUUCUUCAAAAAAACGUCGCAGAUUUGGUUUUAAAUAA